AUGGAGCAGGAGCAUCUGUGUGAAAAACAUGGAGAGAAGCUCAGCCUGUUCUGUGAAGAUGAUGGUCAGCUCAUCUGCUGGUGUUGUGAGCGGACACGACAGCACAAAGGGCACACCACGGUCCUUGCUGUAGAUGCCUGUCAGAGCUACAAGGAGAGUACUGGAAUCUUCCAAGAAGCAUUGACAUACCUGAAGAAACAAGAAGAACAAUAUAAGGAAUGGCUAGGGGACAUAAGAAAGCAAAUAACAAAAUGUCAGUCUGAAACUAUGAAAAAAGAAGAUUGCAUUAAGUAUCAUUUUAAGAUUUUUCAUAUGAUUCUACACAUGGAGGAGAAAUCUUAUCUCUGGAGACUGGAGGAUGAAAAAGAGCAAGUUCUGAAGAGACUGCAGGACAGGGAAGCCCAGCUGGAGGAGCAAAGCCAGGAACUCAACAAACACAUCCUGGAACUGGAGAGGAAAUGUCAGGGCUCAGCCCAGGAGUUACUGCAGGAUGUGACACACACUUUGGACAGGAUUUCUGCUAUGCAGCUAAAUAAGCCAGAGGACGUUGUCUUAUUGGAUACUUUCAGUAUGCCUGAUGUUGAUAACAUUUUCUGUCAAUUGACCAAAUUGUUUGAGACUGAUCAUGUUCGGCUUACUCUGGAUCCAGAUACAGCUCACAACAACCUACACGUGGACAAGGAUGAGAACAUCGUGAUUGGUGGCAGGACCCAAGUGAAGCAGGACACUCCUACUAGGUUUAAAGACUUACCCUGUGUCCUGGGAUGCGAGGCCUUCACCUCUGGGAAAUAUUACUUUGAAAUAUAUUUUCAAGAAGGAUCUAGGUGGGAUGUCGGAGUUUGUCUGGAAAAUGUGUCAAGAGACAAUGACAGGAGACGGGAUCCUGAGUCUGGCUUCUGGGCCAUCAGACAUUGUAGAGAUAAUGACUAUGUGGCUCUUACAUCGCCCCUAACUCCUCUUUCUCUGGAGGAUGUUAGUUUUAUAGGGGUUUUCCUGGACUAUGAGGCUGGAAUAAUCUCCUUUUACAAUUUGGAUACUGCCUCCCACAUCUUCACUUUCCCAAAGGUCUCUUUCUCUGAGUCUAUCAAGCCUUAUUUCUGUAUUGGUGAAGAUUCUUAUUUGUACAUUUAUCAUACAUAUUUGUAA